UGAAGAAAUAUGGCCUUCAGCGUCAAGCCUGUAGAAUCCUUUCUACGACGGCAAAAACAUUUCGCAAGGCAUCCGAAGAACAAACUACAGCUACAAAGAGAGCUGUAACUCAGGAAGUGAAAGAAAUUGUGGAAGACUUCUAUGAACAGCAGUCAGUGCAACUACCUGACAAAAAACUAAUCAGUCAGAAAACCUUGUAAACAAACUGGAUUUCUUCAAGUCCCUGUUGGAACCUAGUUCCAUAAGUUCAAAGCCAUACAUUCCAAUGUUAAAAUAAAAUGAAAAUCAAAGCACUCAACAUCACACACUCGCACAAAAUGAAGAACAUCAUUCACUGGGUUUACGGGUUAUCGAGGAAUACGAUGUGCGGCAAAAUAAACGGGCACAAUUACCACAAACGGGAAUGCAUCCAAAGGAAAUGCAAGGAGUGUGGAACCAAGAAAAUUAAAGAGAAGAUGGAAGGGCUGAUAAAGAAGCAUGGAGACAAAGCGAUCACCCGGAAAAGGUGGGAAAGGACAACAGUCAAUAACAACGGAAAAGACAUAGCAAAGCAACAGAUAACAACUAAAGUUGGAACAAUUCUCGAAUGCACCAGUGAACUCCUGGCAGAAGCAGAGACCAUCAGUACUCACCUCUUCAAUGCAUCUUGCCAGCUUGAACAGUUUGUCAAACUCAGCACUGCACCUCCACCAAAGACAGUCACAAUGGUCCUGGAUUUUGUGCAGAACUAUACCUGCAUCUUUCAAGAUGAAAUACAGUCAGCCCACUGGCACCAUGCUUCUGCCACCACCCAUCCAAUCAUCUGCUGCUAUCAGUGUCCAGUGUGCAUAGAGGCAAUGCAGGAGUCUCUUGUCUUCAUCAGUUCCGACACAACUCAUGACUCCCAUGCCGUACAUGGUUUUGUGGAAGAGGCUGUAAAGCAUCUACGAGAGAAACUGGAUGUGACCAGGAUCAUGAGAUUUUCUGACGGAGCAUCAAGUCAAUACAAAAGUAGAGGGCCAUUCUUGGAUAUUGCUAUGGCGGCGUAUGACUUCAGAUAUAUUGACAUGGAGCACCAUUAUUUCAGUUCAAGGCAUGGCAAAGGUCCAAGUGAUGGGGAAUCGGCUGUGAUUAAGAGUCAAGCUACUAAUUCUGUUAAAGCAGGAACAGCAGUCAUCCAAAAUGCUUCUGACCUGGCCAGCUUUGCAAAGAAACUGAAUAAAAUACCAGAGGAUGGGCAAUGCGAGCAUUAGACAGUGUUUCUGGUAGAAAAGAUUGAUUGAGACAGGGAUCAUGACAGUAUUGGGUUCAGGACUGUCAAAGGGACCAGGAAGGUACACAGCAUCAAAGGAGCUACCUGCAUCGGGAAAGUAAAGAUAUGAGACCAAUCCUGUUUCUGCAGUUCAUGUUUUAAUGGAGACCAUUCAUCUUGCCUCAACAAGCAUUAUGUCGAGGACUGGAAGGAAGUGGAUCUGUUUACCAAGCCAAAGACUUGCCAACAGACAGAUAAACAGACCAGCGUACAACCAGUGACACAUACUCACCAUGAACCAGAACAGGACCAGAUGAACACUAACAACAGUGAAUCCAUGAAUCUUUAAGAUAGUUAGACCAGCACCAUUGUUGGGGAUGAUGAACCAGCAGAGGGCCAGGAUUACACAGACAGCAGCAAGCACUGUGGUCAGAAGAAGCCUGAGGAAGACAAGUCUAAAGGUGAUACCAAUGUUCCACAUGUUGGUGAUUUUGUAGCAGUGAGGGUACCAAGUGCCAAAAGAAAAAAGUCCGAGUUGUAUAUGGCACGGGUACCGGUGACAUCAGUGCUAGAAGAUGGCUCCUACAGCCUUACAUACAUGAAGAAAGCAAAGAAGGAUGACCCACUACACACAUGGCCAGACGGUGAUGACAGUGUAUGUACGUCCAAGAUGCAAUAUUGUAACAAAGUUGGAAU